GUUACCGGCCAUAAACAAUAUUAAAAACUUAAUAUUAAUAACUUAUUCUCAAUUUGUAAUAUUUCUUAAUUCUUUCGUAUUAUUGUUAUUAGUUAUUAUACUUGUGUAUAAUACGUUUAGAUAGAUUUCAUAUAAUCUACGGUAAAUUAAUGUAGACAAAAGCCCCGCCUCAGAAGUAUGUUUUUUCUGUAGGUGCGAACCACAAAGAAAAACAUGUAUUCAAUAGUGGAUUAGACAUUACACUUUCAUUACUAAACGAAAAUAUAUAUUUAUUUAUAUAUUAACUCUGUAAUGGAAAGUAGGGAUUGGCCGUUAUUUAUAUAUGGUGGUUUGGCAUCUUGUAUCGCUGAAUUGAGCACGUUUCCUAUCGAUACAACUAAAACACGGCUUCAAGUACAAGGACAAUUUUUUAAUGGAACCGUUAGCAAAAUAAAGUAUAGUGGUAUGGUAGAUGCUUUUAUUCAGAUUUAUAAACAAGAAGGAUUUUUAUCUCUAUACUCAGGAAUUAGUCCUGCAUUAUUACGUCAGUCUACUUACGGAACAAUCAAAUUUGGAACUUACUACACACUAAAACAAACGGCUAAUGAUUAUUUCCAUGCCACAGAAGACAUAGCAAUAAACUUUGGAUGUGCUGUGUGCGCUGGUAUUAUAUCGGCGUCAAUAGCUAAUCCUACUGAUGUGCUUAAAGUACGACUUCAAGCCGUAGGUGAAGCUAACAAACCAAAGUGUAAUAUUAUAAAAUGCUUUCGUGACAUUUAUGUACACGAAGGACUCCGAGGAUUAUGGAAGGGAGUUGCUCCUACAUCACAAAGAGCAGCUAUCAUUGCUGCUGUAGAGUUACCAGUUUAUGAUUAUUGUAAACACAAUAUGAUGGUGUUUUUUGGAAAUAAUAUCUUUAAUCACUUUAUAUCUAGUCUUGUAGCGAGUUUCGGAAGUGCAAUAGCUUCAAAUCCUAUCGAUGUCAUCAGGACGAGGCUGAUGAAUCAAAAAUAUGUCAAGAACAAUCUCAUUAAUCAGCAAAAUGUGUACAAAGGAAGUAUUGAUUGCUUUGUAAAGACUGUAAAGUCCGAAGGAGUAUUGGCGCUUUACAAAGGAUUUGUACCGACAUUUGUAAGGAUGGGACCUUGGAACAUCAUAUUUUUUAUCAUUUAUGAAAGACUGAAAACGAUUUAAAAACAGUUCAGUACCAUGAAUCCACUACCUCCUCAACUGUAGUAUUUUUUUUUUUUUUUGUGAACAUUUAUUAAUUGAUACCUAUCUGUUAAAGUGUCUUACAAAUUUAAUAAUUUUAAGUCCUUCCUGAUAUAUUUAUAUUGUAUAACAUAUUUACAUAUCUAUGUACAAAAAAAACACUCUUCAGAUUUUUAAAAUGACACUUAAACCCUAAUUAUGUAUACUGUAUAGCGAGUACAAAAUACAAUAAUCC